AAAUAACUAGUUGUGUUUACGUUUCAAUAUGAUUAGGCGUUAAUUUGACACAUUUUAGAUUAGAAAAUAGUAAAAAUGUUAAUAAAGAACCUUGUUUUACUACUAAAAACAGCCACGGAAGACGCAACGGAUAAAUACGUUGACAUUUUCACCAAAAACGAUUUUAAGGUUAGACUUGUUAAAACAUUGGACUUUAAAUUCAGAAAUUUGAACGUUUUAAGUGUAUUACUUAAAAACCCCGACGACUUUUCCGGAUUAAUUUUUUCCAGUCCCAGGUGUGUGGAAGCUGUACAUAAAUCGUUAUGUAAUGAAAGAAUUAAGGAGGAAUGGAGAAACAAUAGUAAUUAUGUUGUGGGUGAGAAAACUUACGAUUAUGUUUUGGAGAAGUUGGGUUUGGUUUGUAAGGGUAAAGAGACAGGGAAUGCAAGUAAUUUAGCAAAGGAAAUUAUUUUAGAUGUAGAUCUCUUAAAUGGUAAACCUUUACUAUUUCCUCAUGGAAAUCUAAAGACUGGUACUCUAGAAAAGGACUUGGGACAAAAAAAAAUUGGAAUUUAUAAUAUUGAAGUCUAUGAUACAAUAACAAAUUUGGAUAUUGAAAAAGAGCUUAUCAAAGCUACAGAAAAUUAUACUAAAGCACCAGAGUAUGUUGUGUUGUUUAGUCCUUCUGGUUUAAAAAGUUCUAUUGAAUUUUUAAGAAAAAUACCUGAAUUUUUGGAUAUUAAGUAUGUUGCUGUGGGACCUGUAACUGAAGCUGAAAUCUUAAAAACUGAAAUAAAACUGUGCAAGACAGCUCUAAAGCCAAAUCCAGAGGAAAUUUUAAAAGCUGUUGAAAGUUAUACCUUGUAGGCAAUUUUUAAUUUUUUAAUAUAUUUUAUAAAUAAAACAA